AUGUUUCGCGCCGUCUACAGUAACCCGGCGGCAAACGUCCCGGCCUCGAAUUGCAUGACUGAUGGCUUUCCGCUUCUGCCGCCGCAGCGGCCGCACAGCUCAGGCAGCCAGUUGAUGCGAGGCUGCCCUCUCCCGUGGAAUGACGGGCGGACGUUGAUGUACGGCGUACCGGCAAAGAACGAAGCGAGCCUGCAGCAGGUCUCGUACUCUCGCACAUUAGGGCAGCGCUGGUCGUCCGGUUCCGCCGACAACGCCGCCCAGUGCGCCGCGGCAACCCACAGCACCGUAUGCUUUGCUUCGUGUGCGAGCGGUGCGAAUGGGAGCGCGGGCGGAUCCCCUGUGCUGCUGCAACCGGCCAUGGGUGUUCCGGCGUUUGUGACCGACAAUCAGCAGCUCCCGUCCAUGGUGGCCCAGUCCUCCCCCACGGUGUCGCGGUUGACCAGCGGCAUGUGCUCGACGAGUGAGGGCUCGGCCACGUUUGGUGCUUCUACCACGAGCGCCACGAGCUCGACUGUGGGCAACUGCGCUGCCACCGGCACGGCAGCCACGACGAACGGCUCCAUGGCCCACACGGGCACUUCCCCUGCGUUGCCAGGCUUCCAGAUGUCUGUGCCGCUUCCAACUAGCGCUAUGACCGCCGUGGCUGCGCCGCCACAGCAACCGCAGACAUGCUUCUGGCUGAGCCAUACUACGGGUGCCCUGACGCCCAUCCGGAAAGAGGACAUGAUGACUAUCAGUGACACGAGCGCAAGUACAAACACGCAUUCGUACGCUAUGCCGCCACCGCCAACGAUGCCAUCGCAGCCCUCCUCAGCCUCGGCCACGUCAGUUCCUACUUACCUGAUGGCGCCGCAGGUGUCCUCCUUCGGCGGGGCUAUGGUGCAGGCCUUCUCCGAGUUGCUCUCCGGCUCCACAGCAUUUUCGGUGCCUGCUCUGCCGCUGCCGCAACCGCCACGCCCGCCAAAGACGUUGAAUGGCUUGCAGUACCAUCUGGGUGAGCUGUAUGAGGGCUUCGUGAAGCGCUACAACCCCAACCGCGGUUUCGGCUUCCUGACAGCGACGACUCACGUUACAGUGGUUAACGAUGGCUCCAACAGCGAUAGUGCGACAGGCACGCCUAUCGCCUCUCUGAACAACACCACCACUGCGGUCCCCACAACGGGAGAAGCGGAGACCCCUAAGGAAUACCGCACGCCGGUGCACCUCGGUGACAUUUUUGUGCACCAGUCGUCCAUGCAGAUGGAGGGCUUCCGCACGCUUCCCGUUGGGGGCCGUGUGCGCUUCUGUAUUGGCUACAAAGACGGCCAGCAGACACUCCAAGCGGUCAAUGUAGAGUUGCUGCCCCAGGUGCUGCCGCCCAAUGUAGAGAUGGCGUCGUCGCCGUAG